AUGAUUGUGAAGCGCCACCCGGAGUAUAUGUCAUCAAGACAACGGUAUCACAAAUCGCAUCGGCAUGAAGAUAUCAAAAGAGGUUUUAGGAAAGGAGUCACCGUGCAUGGGCAUCAGCGGGCAUCACAGACGAGAGAAGUCGGUUCCCAAGGCUCCAAUGAUGCACCCGGCUCCCCUGUGAACGCUGACCCAAAGGAACUGAAAGGUCCAGAAAAUCAUCCAGAGUCAGGGAAACAGGAGAGGGUCAAAACUGGUGGCACGAGUGAAGAAAGUGGGCCCCACGCUCACCAAUCCGACAUAUCCACCGGCGACUUCGCUACUCAACGAACGUUGGUGAAUACGCCACACUCACAACGUAGGCGAUCUCGCCCGACCCAUAAGUUCCCAGACGAUCGGAAGCCCUCUCAGCUUGCUCGGGUGCCAAGAAAAAGUUCGCAGUUACAGCAGUCACAAGAUUCUGGAAAAUACGCUACCCCUAGGCUCUACUCCAGGGACGAUGGCCGCCGAAUCUCAUCUGCUGUUUCGUUGCAACCCCAACGAGUACCGUUGCCUUCUGGAUCUCGCAAUUUAUCACCGUCAGAUGAAGCCGACCCGUUGGCUGAUCUUGAGAAUAUGCCCGCAAUCGGUAGUGAGGAUGUGGACAUGGAUACGGGAGUCGACCCAUCCCCCGACGUGAACACAAAUAUUGAACAUCGAGCACCAACUGAGGAGAUGGAGUUUGAUUCCCCUAGAUCGAAUCGACGUGCCGGCCAGUGGCGACACCGAAUUGCUGCUGUUAUUACGUCUCAACCUCAGCACAUCACUCGAGCAAUGUCGAAAGCCCUGCGUGCUGCACCUCCAGAAUACGAAUUCACGAAGCAACCAGUUCACUCCGAGGAGCCGAUUUCUCAAGUCCCAGACACUGGGGUGAUCCAUCCCAUUCACACAAGUCCGUCUCGCCCUUAUCCUGAUGCUCGUCCGCCGAUUGUGGAGAAGAGAUCCUCUCAUUCUUGGCGAGCUACUGACAUUGUAUUGCGUGGUCAAGCAGCGCCCCUGGAAGCAAUAUCUGUUACACCUUCGGGCGUCUCAGAUAUUCCCAACCACGGGGCCCCAUCAUUAAUUGGCGGCAUAACUACCGCGAGGUUAUCUAAGCGCAGCCUGAGUUCGAUCCCAUUUAGUGCGCGUUUCCCAGCCCGUGUGAGCGAUCGGUUCGGCGGCGAUGGCGAUGACGUUUAUCCACGAAGUCUCGAUCCUCAAAUCGUAUCAAGGUUGUUCCAGAUGCAGGUUCAAUUCGGAUUCGACUCACAUGAUGUGUAUGAUGUGUUUCUGAAGCAGAACCGAGACUUGAAGGCCACCAUGGACGUGUUAGAGACCAACCGGGAGUUUCUUGAUGCCGACUCCUCACUGGAUGGUGAUUCAGAGUACCGACUUUUUGGCGGAGGCUCCGUCAUGUCCCGAGGGACCCAAAAUUCAUCUGACUAG